GGUUGUUCAACCACCGGAAGUGGAGUGCUGCCAACUCUUUUCUUCGGGCUCCGUGGCGCUCCGUGGCUGAAGCUGCCGUCGGUGGUUGAUUUCGUAUGAAGCUUCUCGGCGUUGGGCGCAGGGCGGACAUGGACAAACACACAACGAGGUGAUUGUUGGAGCAUAAUGGAGCCAUGAAAUAACAGGAAAGGUGUUUUAGAAGAAUCGUUUGAGUGAUGUGAGAAAGAGAGAAAAGAUGCAGACUUUCCAGCUGUAGGUCUUAUGAGGACGUGAUGCCCAGACGGGGGUUCGCCUUCCAGGGACGGGUCCGCUGGCUCUUCCUGGGCCUCUUCCUGCUCCUGGUGCUGAUGCUGUUCGCGUACCUGCUGGAGUGCACGCCGCCUGCAGACGUCAGCCAUGUCCUGCCCGGCUUGGCGGGGGAGGCCUACGGGAAGGAGCACUACCAGGCCCUGCUGCAGGAGCACGAGGAGCGCCACCUGAGCCGGGCUUCCAGCCUCAAGCGUCAGAUCGCCCAGCUCAAGCAGGAGCUGCAGGAGAUGAGCGAGAAGCUGAAGCUGAUGCAGGAGAAGAAGGAGCCCCCCGGGGUGCAGGGCCUGGGGGAGAACAAAGACCAAGAGCCGGGAGACCUGCUGGAGUUCCUGCACUCUCAGAUCGACAAGGCAGAGGUCAACAGCGGAGCGCGGCUGCCCAGCGAGUACGCCCUGGUUCCCUUUGAGAGCUUCACCUCCUCCAAGGUGUACCAGCUAGAGAUGGGGCUGACGCGGCACCCCGAGGAGAAACCUGUGCGCAAAGACCGCAGAGAUGAGUUAGUGGAGGUCAUGGAGGCUGCGCUGGACAUCAUCAACAACCCUGAUGACGAGGACGGGGUGGAGGACGACGUCCCCAUGCAGAGGCAAACCUACACAGACAGUCACUUUAUGGAAGGAUUAUACAGGACGGAGAGAGACAAGGGGACGCUUUACGAGCUGUUCUUCGCCAAAGAGGAUUCCAGCAGCUUCCGUCACGUCACGCUCUUCAGACCGUUUGGGCCGAUAAUGAAAGUCAGGAGCACAACCGUGGAAACAUUAGGAAUGAUCAUCAACAUCAUCGUGCCGCUGGCGGGCAGAGUCGAUACUUUCUCACAGUUUUUGCAAAACUUCAGGGAGGUGUGCAUUCAGCAGGACAAACGGGUUCAUCUUACCGUGGUUUAUUUCGGACAGGAAGGUCUGCAGGAGGUGAAGUCAUCGUUGGACAAAAUGUCAAGAGAGGAGAGCUUCUCUAACUACACCCUCAUCCCUGUGGACGAAGAGUUUUCUCGCGGCCGGGGUUUGGAUAUCGGAGCCCACGCGUGGAAGAAAGGCGACGUCCUGAUGUUCUUCUGUGAUGUGGACAUUCGUUUCUCCCUGGACUUCUUGAACACGUGCCGUCUACACGCCUCCCCCAACAAGAAAGUGUUCUACCCGGUGGUGUUCAGUCUGUAUAAUCCCGCCAUCGUUUAUGGAAGUUUGGAGCUGGCUCCACCUAUUGAACUGCAGCUGAUUCACAAAAAAGAUGCAGGAUUUUGGAGAGAUUUUGGAUUCGGAAUGACGUGCCAGUAUCGCUCUGAUUUCCUAAACAUUGGUGGAUUCGAUCUGGAGGUCAAAGGCUGGGGCGUGGAAGACGUCCAUUUGUACAGGAAGUACCUCCGGAGCGACCUGAUCGUGAUCCGGACGCCGGUGUCCAACCUGUUCCACCUGUGGCACGAGAAGCAGUGUGCGGACGAGCUGACGCCGGAGCAGUACCGCAUGUGCAUCCAGUCCAAAGCCAUGAACGAGGCCUCCCACUCCCACCUGGGCAUGCUGGUGUUCCGGGAGGAGAUCGAGGCCCACCUCCGGAAGCAGGCCUUCAAGACUCAGAGCAGGACGGAGGACUGAGCAAAGGACAUUCCUAAAGGAGACUGAAGGCGCGUUUACAUGGAUCCUUCUGCUUCUUUUUAUUAACUGCACAGCUGUAGACGGAUGAAUGUAGAAAAAUGUGAAAUGUGGCACAAAAAUAGAAGCCUUACUGAAGCGGUACAGCCGCGGGAAACAAUCAGCAGUAUUAUAGGAAAACCUUGGAGACAGUGUUAGGAUUCUGGGAACGAGAUUUGGAAUCCGUAAGUUAGGAUUUAACGAAGAGCAUCAGAGCCUGGUCUCUUCAACGCCGCUUUGCUGCUUCGCUUCUGAAUGUGAAACAUGUCAGCAGCUUCUCAGUACCUUUAAACACCCUGAGGAUAGAUUAGCAGAACGUACCCAACAAUGUUUGGAACGGAAGGGA